AGAAGGAAUGCGGAAGCCAAAUGAAUGGGGGAGUUAACAACGGCGUUAUUUCCUGGUUCUUCUAAUGUGGCAGUUUGGCAUUCCCACGUGAAUGUUUGACUCCGAACUACUAUUACUCAGCAAGCCAGACGGUUAAGACUCGAAGUUCUUGCCGCACAAACCGUGUGCCGUGACCGGGAAGAGGCUAUCAAUAUGUCCGUUAAUGGAAGUUCGCCGGUCGCCCUGCUGUCCUACGAGACUCUGGUUCACGCUGUGGCAGGUGCAAUGGGCAGCGUGACAGCAAUGACCACCUUUUUCCCUUUGGACACAGCGAAAAGUAGACUGCAGGUUGAUGAGAAUAGAAAGUCCAAAUCCACACCGGUCAUCCUAGCCGAGAUAGCACAGGAAGAAGGCAUGCUGGCUUUGUACAGAGGCUGGUUCCCAGUCAUCUCCAGCCUCUGCUGCUCCAACUUUGUCUACUUCUACACCUUCAACACACUGAAAAGGCUGACGGUCACAGGGCCGCAGCAGUCGAGACUGGGCAAAGACCUGCUCAUGGGCAUCAUAUCAGGCGCGGUGAAUGUGGUACUAACAACGCCCAUGUGGGUGGUCAACACUCGUCUGAAGCUCCAGGGGGCCAAAUUCAGAAAUGAGGACCUUCAUCAGACACACUACAAGGGCAUUUUUGAUGCGUUCUCCCAGAUUAUAGCGAACGAAGGGGUGGCGACGCUGUGGAACGGCAUGCUGCCCUCGCUCAUCCUCGUCUUAAACCCAGCUGUGCAGUUCAUGUUCUAUGAGUCCAUGAAGAGGGGGGCAGGAAAAGGUGGCAGGAAGAUAUCAUCUGCAGAGAUCUUCCUCAUCGGAGCUGUUGCCAAAGCCAUCGCAACCACCGCCACGUAUCCACUGCAGACAGUUCAAGCCAUACUCAGGUUUGGCCAGUACAAAGGUGAUGGCAAGGGCAGCCUGAUGGGAAGCCUGGCAAGUAUUUUCUCCUUGCUGAUGGAACGAAUUCAGAAGCACGGCGUUCUGGGGCUGUACAAAGGCCUGGAGGCCAAGCUGCUUCAGACAGUGCUAACAGCCGCCCUCAUGUUCGUCGUGUACGAGAAGAUCACCGCCGCCACCUUCAAGCUCAUGGGCCUGCAUAGGAAGCUGAAGCAAUGAGUAGGUAGUCACUUGCAGUACAAAUCCCGCCGUGCCAGGUGUGGAUGCACUGAAAAGUGGGACUGACACAGCUUCCAAGUCUCUGCUCAAUGAUGCACAUUAACCAGAAGGGGGUGGAGUACAUUAAACAGAUCAAGUUUGGUUACCACAGUCAACCAGCUCACGAGAUUUAAAUAACUAACAACAAUUUACCUCAAAAAGGGCCUCUACCGAACCAGUUCUUAUCCAGUUUUGAAUUUCAGGGGAUGCCGAAGAUCACUAUUCGUCUUAAUAGGAUUUGGAAGUUGAAAAUGUGAUUUUUAAUUUAACCAAAGUUGUGUGUGACUCUGAAUUAAUGACCAAAGGGGAAAAAAAUAUGUUAACUGCUGUUUAGACAGCUUUAUUGACACAGUGGCAUUUUAUAUCAACAGUCCUCAUGAACAUUGCUGCCAGUGAUUGUCACUGGAACUGACGCAGGUGGUAAAACGCAAAGACCAGUAAAAUGCAGUUUCAUCAUAUAUUUUUUUUAAAAAGCCUGUCGCUCCAACACGUCCCCUAGUGAAGAGAAAGGAUCUGGAAAAAGGACGUAUGCUUGUCCAACACAGCUUUUACAAUGUUCUUGAAUCAUUCCUAUCUAGAAAUGACCCAUUGAACCGGGUCAUCGGUUGCAAGAAGAAAAACACACAUUAUUCAUACAACAUUAUGUGAAAGAGAGUCCAAUGUGCCGCCUUGGUUCGAUUGUGAAUGUCAUUGCCAAGUGUUAACCUCUUCAAAAGCACACCAUUGCUGUUGGUGGCAUGAACAAGUGCCUGUGGUGCAGAAAGUGAGCCGGACACAAUUAAUUUGUCGAAAGUCAGACAUGACGCAGGCUCAUAUCAAUUGGGUGCUAUGGUUACCUGAAAAUAACUCAUCAUGCAACUAUUACAUGAAGCCAUUUUCACUUGUUUGGUAAUAUUUGAAAGUAUCCUGUAUAUUGCCUUAAAUUAAUUAUCUUACCAAAUCACUUUGUACUGUUGUAGUAAUACAAGGUUUAAUAAUAAUAAAUAAAUAAAAAUCUUACACAAUUC